AUGUUUAAGAUCCUUUCCUUUACUAUUCAAAACUUUUUCUAGGAGUAAUAGAUAGAGGAGUAGUUUGUUAGUGUUGUAGUAAAAUAUGUUCUGGUUCUAUUUCAGCAAAUACAGGUGUUGGCUGCUAAUGGUCUUGUUGCUAGUCUUUAACGAUAGAAAUUUAAUUUUUAUCUUGGACUAUUUGAUCAUUAUUGCAGGGAUAAUCAGAAUCAAUAGAAAAAAAUGGAAUGUCAUCUAAAUCAUACUUUUUAGAAUUUUCCUUUUCCAUUUGCUGUUAUGGGAAUAAAACAAAUUCAGGUAAUUUAUUUUCUAAAUUCUAUUUCUAUAACUCAUAAUCACUCUUUUUGCUUUCGUGGUGCUGCCCAUUUUACUAUUUCCCAUUAGCAUACUUCUUUUUAGCUGAGUCGUUGCUACUAGAUUGUGUUUCUGCCAGUUCCAAAAACUAGCUUUUUAAAUCAUUAGAUUUUUUAAGUCUCUUUUCUAUUUAUUUUGAUGAUUCAAUUUUAACUGGAUACUAAAAUAUCAUUCCAUCUAUAGCAUGAGAUUUGA